UCUUCCCCCCCCCCCCCCACUCUUGCCCUCAGGAAGUGGGGAGGCAGGUUGUGCGGCGGGCGGUCGGUGCUGCCUUGGGAAAGUUUCGCUCAGGGACCGCCAGCCCCCGGGGAUGGAGCCGGCACCGGGAGACGGGAGGACGGCUCAGCUUCUGCUGCUGGUGUCGGCGCUGCUGUCAGUUUUUCAGGCCCAGACGGUGAUUGUGGAUGAUAGCGUAUCUGGAUUUAUUGGAGCCAAUGUGACUUUGCGCUGCACAUUCACAAACAUCAACCCCAACAUCAAAAUCACUCAAGUGACAUGGCAAAAGGCAACCAAUGGGUCGAAGCAAAAUAUAGCUAUUUUUCAUCCAACUAUGGGCGUCUCUGUCUUGCCCCCUCACCAAGGCAGAGUAUCUUUUAAGAAGCCAUCACUGGACGAUGCGACAAUCCAGCUGUCCAGCCUAGAGCUGUCUGAUGAAGGCGUCUACAUCUGUGAGUUUGCAACUUUUCCGACGGGGAAUCGAGAGAGCCAGGUUAACCUCACAGUUUUUGCCAGGCCAGUGAAUGAUGCGGAGCUCAGCCCAAACACCAUCACAGCACGAGCUGGUUUUUCGGGAAAGAUUGUUGUAGCAACAUGUACAUCUGCCAAUGGGAAGCCACCAGGAACCAUCACUUGGGAGACAAAAGUAAAUGGGGAGGCAGUUGUUAAAGAAUUCCGCAACCAGAAUGGCACCAUCACAGUGAUCAGCCAGUACCUGCUAGUUCCAUCCAGAGAGGCUCACAGGCAAUCACUGACAUGUGUGGUGAACUACCAGAUGGAUCGCACCACCAAGGUGCUGAUGUUAAAUGUGCAGUAUGAACCAGAGGUUACAGUGGAAGGAUUUGAUGGGAAUUGGUAUUUGAACAGAGAAGAUGUACGUCUGACAUGCAGAGCAGACGGCAACCCACCUGCCACAAAGUACAAAUGGAAGAUGUUAAAUGGCUCAUUGCCUGUAAAUGUGGAACCACAGAACACAACCCUGUUCUUCAAAGGGACUGUGACCUAUGACCUUGCUGGGACAUACGUCUGUGAGGCUACAAAUGCAAUUGGGACACGGUCGGGUCUGGUUGAGGUCAACAUUACAGAAUCCCCUCAAAUCCUACCAUCCAGCACAAGCAGUCCGAGUGUGAGAGAGAGUCUGGACAGCAGUGGGAGCAGCAACAAGACCUUGGUGAUUGGAGCAGUUGUGGGAGGUCUGAUUCUCGCCUUGGCUAUCGGUGUCAUAAUCUUCAUCAUCUUUCGAAAGAGGCAACAAACCUUCAAGGGUGACUACAACACAAAGAAACAUGUGUUUGGGAACGGAUACAGCAAAGCCGGGAUCAUGCCCCCAGCUCCAGAGCACAUCUCUUACCAAGAGGAGUCCGAUGAGGAUAAAAAGCCAUCUUCCAUGAAUGUGAGUUAUGAGAAUGAGAGGAAAGUUUCCCGUGAUGGCGUAGACUUCGACACUGACUCCAAGCGCCCUUACUUCACUGUUGAUGAGAGCGACACACAGGAGGACUUUGACGACCAGACUCUGAGUUUGCAGUAUCCACCGGAUCUGACGGAAGAUAUGGUAUCGCAGACUGAUGGCUCCAUCAUUUCAAAGAAAGAGUGGUAUGUGUAGUGCCAGAUCCCUCAUGGUGCAGGACAAAAUCUGAGUGUCCUGCUUCCUGUACACCUGGGUCCACUGUAAAGAACUCUGCAUCAACUAAAGUCUUAAUGAUUACAUUGUGAUUUAUUUUUUACAUUUCAUUCAAAAAAAAUUGUUCUCAGAUAGUGUUUCAAAAUAGAAGGGAACACUAGUCUAUAUAGCACUAAUUCGGGGUAAUCCUCACUUAUACCAGUUGGACUUCUGUAAAAACUGAUGUCUCUUUGAUAUACUACACAGACAUCAGCUAACUUGUGCUAAACACUGGAACUUAAUCAGGCUGUCAGCACUUCUGUGGCUACAUGACCAUAACUUCUCAUUAACUUACUCAUUAAUUUGUAACCAUUCACUAGGACUGGAUGUGGCUAAUAGCCUACUGGCCUUUGGUGAGUGUUUAGUUUUGCUUGGUAAACAACUGGUGAUGAUGUGAUAGCAACUGUUAAUAUUCCAUUAAUUGGAGUUUUUACAAAUGCUCACUAAAUGCUGCAGCCAAUAAUGGAUGUUUAGCUGGACUUUCCACUAGACGAUAUCAACAUGUGUAAAUACCAAGUGUUGUUUUUUUAAACUGCACAUAAUACUAAAGCCACAGAAGAUCCCCUUGGGUACCUUACAUGCCUUGGUACCAUUUGGAUCAGAAUUUUGCAGUCAACUUUUUUUUAUUUUUUAGCUUAUGAGUAAAAUUAAUUUGCCUGGCAUAAAGAGAAUUCUUUCCCCCUCCUGAAUGGUGUCCUGGUUGCAGCUUACAGCAUUCCUGCAUGUGAAUGUCCAUUUCUCCAGGCAAUGUGCAAUGUGGAGCUGCCAAGUUGUGUAUAAACCCUUCCCUACACAGAAAUUCCUAACAAGUCUUCACAAUGUUUAAAAAUGUUGGGCUCACUUGUUGAGUCUUGUCGGUGCAUGUUUCAGAACUCUCUUUAACGAAAUGUUCAAUGUACUGCAUCUUGCCCGCAGUCGGUCAUGUAGUGUAAUGUAUUUUUCAGGCUUAUAACAUCACGUUAGAUUUAUGGUGUUGCCUCGUCCAAAUGCAGUUACCCAGGCCCAUUUCUGCAAUGAUUUGAUAGAAAUUAAGCCAUGCAUCACAGAAACCAAAUUUGAUGUGUUAUCAUCUAGCCUGCAUGAGCCUGUAGAGUAGUUGUGAAUGAACAAUCAUUAAUUGAGUAAAUAAAAGCAAAUUUCUGCGGAUGCUGGAUAUCUGCGAUAAAAUAUUCAAAGCGCUCAGCAGGUCAGACAGUUUCUGUAGGGGAGAAAAGAGAGACGUGUGUUUAAUGUUUAGGUCAGUUACUGAUUCUUCAGAAGUGGAACUGAGUGACACUCUCUCAGGCUGGACUUAAAUAUAUGUCCAUUUUCUCGAAGCCUUACCAGUAAUUUAUUGUCAAAUCAGCAUUCUGUUCCAUUCUUAAUACUUAACUGGUAAUGUUUCCCUGAGUGGGCAUUAAGAAGUGGCCACUUACGGAUAAGCAAGAGAUAAUGUGACAAAUCUGUGCCUUGAACUGCAAGACAUGGACCCUAGAGUAGUGUGGGUAGUUGAGCAGGUCUAUUUGCUAGUGACUGAUUUUAAGACCUUCCAGUUUUCGCAGCCUCUGUCCUUUUUAAAUUUGGUAAAGAAUUGCAGUCUGUUCUUCUUGUGGGCAGCGGGUCUGCAGACUAAGUACCAUACCUCCCACAGUAUUAACACAUGGGCAUUGUGCAGAGUAGCAAACAGGGGCAUACUUCAGCAUACACGAUCAAACAAGCACAGCAUUCUCUUUAGGCACGAAAUGCGUCAACUGUUACCUUUGUUCAAAAACGCCCACAAAGUGGAUAGAAGAAACAUUAUCCAUAAAUAAUAACGAUAACAUUGUAUUCCUUUGGCUUGCCGAGACUGUCCACCGUUCCAGCCAGUGGGAUUAGACAUGGCCUUGAGCUUAUUGCAAUCAGGAACAUACAGCCACAGUGAACAACAAUUUGUCUUGUAAAUUUGAGAAGAGAGACACCUGUCCAGUUUAUGGGCAGGCACAGACAAAGGCUGUUGCAAUUAGCCGCUGAGUUGUGAGACAAAGAGUAGAGGGGAUUGCUCCAAACUAUUGUUAAUCCUCGUUUGCAAACUUUGAAAAUACUCAACCAUCAGUUACCAUUCUUCGAAACAUAAGUUCUGACAGUUCAAGAGUGCACCCUUUAUCCAAACUGGUUUGAAAUUCCACACUAUCAGCAAGUCAGCAACAAGGGGGCAUGUUUUAAAAGUGAAACACAGGAGAUUUAAAGGGGAUUUGAGGAAAUGUUUUGUUACCCAGAGGGUAGUGAGAAUCUCGAAUGCACUGCCUGGGGUGGAGAAUAAUUGAGGCAUGAAACCUCACAACCUUUUAAGAUAACUUGGAUGAGCAUCUGAAACGUCGUGACAUUUAAGGCAAUGGGUCUUGUAAGAGAAAAUGGGACUCGUGUCGAUAAUAGUAUUUUUGAUGGCAGAGACUUGAUAGGCCAAAGGACUGCUUCUGUACUGUAUAAUUCUAUGAAGCUACAUUCAGACAUGAUGGUGGUAGAGGACUAUUCUUCCAGAGAAUGUUGUGCCAAUCUGCACACAGCAGAUGAUCACUUGAUAAUGGGAACUGCAGAUGCUGGAGAAUCCAAGAUAACAAAGUGAUCUCUGAUGAAGGGUCUAGAUCCGAAACAUCAGCUUUUGUGCUCCUGAGAUGCUGCUUGGCCUGCUGUGUUCAUCCCGCUCCACACUUUGUAUUCUUAGUUUGAUCACUUGAAUUUGGUUUUGUUAAUGCAGCUGAAAAGCUGAAGUCAGUAAAUGACCAUAAUCCAUCUGAUUGAGAUAAAAUUCCCAUUUGUUUACUCAUUCCCUUAUGGAAGGGAGCUAACCAUCCUUCCCAACCUGGCCACUGUGACUCCUUUUCCCCAGCCAUCUGGUUGACUCUAAAGUGAUUUAGCAAAUGAUUCAGUUGUGUCUCAGCUUUGGGCAUCAAGAGGAAUUACCAUUGCUGCCCAUGUUCCAUAUUCAUAUUAAUACUUGCAAAUGAAUAACAGGGCUGUUUUCAAAACGUUUGCAGUGGUCUGAGUUAUCCCAUCACAAUCUCCUUGGAAUGUUAGUGCUUUACUGAGCUCAUCAUGGGGCAACUUGCGAUUUAAGAUGGCACAUCAAUGUUAUUUCUGUCUUGUUUGUACAUGAGCCAAUGGGUGACAGAUUGUUUCAGAUUGUUCUAUAUCAGAGGUAUUUGACUUUGAAAGUGCUUUUGUAAAUAUUGUUCAAGUUUCUUAUGUGUCAGAUUAGCUCCAUCUUCCUGUUAUCUAAUGAGAGUUGAUCUGAUGGAGAGUAAUACAAGUGCACAUUUUUGUUUGUACCUUUUUCAUCAUUGUUCCCCUUCAUAGCUUGUUGUUACAAUGCUAUUUGAAUGUUAUUAUGCUUUAAUUAUUAGCACAUGUUGAUAAAACUUCCUUCUGCUCACUGACCAUUCCAACAUUUGCGUUAACUAGUUCUCCAUUAACACUUCAAAGCAUUCCAAUAAGAAGAGAGGGUGAAAUUUUAUCAGUGGUAUGCCAUUCCCAGUGGUGGGAGCAGAAGUGGCACCAUUUCCAUUCUCUGGCCUUCUCCACGUGGUGGUGAUAAAAUCUGUAAAUGCCAUCCAAGUGUACGAGAGAUGGAUGAUUAACGGGCAGGGGAAUCUGUUCACUGGCAUCAGUUAGUAUGUUACCAAUAAAAGAACCAAUUUUGAACAGUCAUUGAUCUUGAAAUACUAACUCUACUUGUCCCCACAGAUGCUGCCAGUCCUACUGAGUUUCACCAGCAAUUUCUGUUUUUGUGUAAAAGAGGCCCCUGGACAGAGAAGGAGGCUAUUCAUCAUGGCCAAAACCUUCCUUUCCAACCCCAUUGUUGUUCAUGUGAAAGCUCUUUUGAGUACAGAGGUGAAAAGGAGAUUUUGCAAAUUUAAAUUCCACCUGUAAAUAUUUUGCAUUACUUUGGUUUCAUUUUCUUCACCUGUGCAUCAUUUCUUUGCUGACAGUAGCUUAUAUCAGUGAGUUGGUAGGGAUAUGUCCAUGGUGCGGGAGAAACUGGCCUUUGUGUCCACACCCUAUCAAACGUUCAUUUUCCAACUCAGUGUUAUGUUUGCCACUCUGUGGGUCUUAUCUGAACUUGCCCACUCACUACCCUCCCUCCCAUCCUGUGCACCGUGAAGGAGAUUGUCCAAUGUCACUGUCACUGGGGAGAAUUAAAAUAUUGUACCUGACACCUGAGAUGGAUUUGCAUAAUACUGGUGCUGCCGUCUUAUUUUCUUACGCUGACCACUGCUCUCCGUGUCCUACCUCUGUACAACAUACCCAGGCCCUAUCGAUGCAACCUGUCCACGCCUCCAACCACAUCUCUCUGCCGUCCUGUGGAUUCUUCUUCCACUCUCCUGUGCAGUUGAUCCUGAGACUUUCAAUAUUCCUCCACCCCCCGCCGACACACACACACACGCACACGCACACGCACACGCACACACACAACCCCCAACACAGACUCUCGCUCCCUCGCUCUCUCUCACUCUCUCUCAAUCUCUCUCACUCCCUCGCACACUCGCACACUCUCCCUCGCACACUCUCACUCUCACACACACUCAGACUCUCACACUUUCAGAAUCACGCCCUCAGAAUCACGCCCUCAGAAUCACGCUCUCAGACUCACGCGCUCAGACUCGCGCUCAGACUCUCACACUCACUCUCUCACACACUUGCAUGCUCACACUCUCACUCUCUCACACACUUGCACAGUCAGACUCUCACUCUCUCAGAAUCACACUCUCAGAAUCACACUCUCACUCUCUCACACAUUUGCAUGCUCACACUCUCACUCUCAGACUCACUCUCUCACACUCACUCUCUCACUCUCGCACACUCGCACUCUCAGACUCACUCUGUCACUCUCUCACACACUCGCUCACUCGCACUCUCACUCUCUCAGACUCACACUCUCACUCUCUCGCACACUCGCACUCACUCUCUCGCACACUCGCACUCACUCUCUCGCACACUCGCACUCUCACUCUCUCAAACUCACUCUGUCACUCUCUCAAACUCACUCUGUCACUCUCUCACACACUCGCACUCUCACACUCUCACUCUCUCAGACUCAGACUCUCACUUUCACAGCUGUUUCUUCCUGUAGCCAACGGUUGGGUCAUGUGAUCAGCAAUGUGCCUUGUGCAUGAGCAGUUAUGAUUUGGGGAUCUGUUUGGGUGAGUGAUGCUGGUUAUUGCUCAGACUGAAAAGAGCAAGGCCACUUUUUAAAUCACUUGCUGCCUGAUGAUCAGCCUUAGACAGAGAGAGAUUAGAAUAAGCACAUCUGGCAGAAAGCAUUACCAUCCUCCAAGCUUCCAGAUUCAAUGGAAAUGGCCAGACACAAUUUGAAUCGUGAACCUUUAUAAGAAUACAUGGCAUGGGCAACAGGAGAUAAACGGUAAAAUCCCAGAAUAUUGUCAAUUGAGAAUAGUAAUGGUAUGUUCAAAGUGUUCGAUAUUUAUCACAACAAGAACAAGAAAAGCAGAUUAACACCUCCUCCCUCACCCCUGUCCCAGGCCCCAAGAUGACAUUCCACAUUAAGCAGAGGUUCACCUGCACAUCUGCCAAUGUGGUAUACUGCAUCCACUGUACACGGUGUGGCUUCCUCUACAUUGGGGAAACCAAGCGGAGGCUUGGGGACCGCUUUGCAGAACACCUCCGCUCAGUUCGCAACAAACAACUGCACCUCCCAGUCGCAAACCAUUUCCACUCCCCGUCCCGUUCUUUAGAUGACAUGUCCAUCAUGGGCCUCCUGCAGUGCCACAAUGAUGCCACCCGAAGGUUGCAGGAACAGCAACUCAUAUUCUGCUUGGGAACCCUGCAGCCCAAUGGUAUCAAUGUGGACUUCACCAGCUUCAAAAUCUCCCCUUCCCCCACCGCAUCCCUAAACCAGCCCAGUUCGUCCCCUCCCCCCACUGCACCACAUAACCAGCCCAGCUCUUCCCUUCCACCCACUGCAUCCCAAAGCCAGUCCAACCUGUCUCUGCCUCCCUAACCGGUUCUUCCUCUCACCCAUCCCUUCCUCCCACCCCAAGCCGCACCCCCAGCUACCUACUAACCUCAUCCCACCUCCUUGACCUGUCCGUCUUCCCUGGACUGACCUAUCCCCUCCCUACCUCCCCACCUACACUCUCUCCACCUAUCUUCUUUACUCUCCAUCUUCGGUCUGCCUCCCCCUCUCUCCCUAUUUAUUCCAGUUCCCUCCCCCCCAUCCCCCUCUCUGAUGAAGGGUCUAGGCCCGAAACGUCAGCUUUUGUGCUCCUGAGAUGCUGCUUGGCCUGCUGUGUUCAUCCAGCCUCACAUUUUGUUAUCUUGGAUUCUGCAGCAUCUGCAGUUCCCAUUAUCUCUCUCUAUUUAUUUUUUAUUGGUUUGGGGUUGUAACAAAUUUUUGCACGGUAACCAAUUCAUUCAUUUGAGAAUUUCGAGGUAUGUUUACAACUCCAGCAAUGGUAAAGUGAACUUUCCAUUCCAGCAUUCGCUAAUGUCCUUUAGGGAAGGAAAUCUGCAUCUGAUCUACGUUACAUGUGACUCUAGGCCCACAGCAAUGAGGUUGACUUUUGAUUGACCUCUGGGCAAUUUGAGUUGGGUUAUAAAUGCAGGCCUAGCCCACAUCCUAUGAGCAAAUGUUUAAAAUAUCAGUCAUGCAGCAUGAUGUCAUGAGAGUGAUAGAAACAUGCAGCACAGAAGCAGACCCUUCAGUCCAACUCCUUCAUGCUGACCAGAUAUCCUAAAUUAAUCUAAUCCCAUUGGCCAGCUAAUGGCCCAUAUCCCUCUAAACUCUUCCUAUUCAUAUAUCCAUCUAGAUGCUGCCACCACUUCCCCGGCAGCUCAUUCCAUGCACACUCCACCCUCUUUGUGAAAAAGCUACCCCUUGGGUCUCUCUUUAAAACCCCUGCAGUGCCGUGUGACCUUUGUGUUACUCCACUGUUGCAGCAACAUUUGGAGAGAAAGUGAUGGCAUAACUUUCUGAAACCUUGAGUCUGUAGAUCCUUCACUUGCAACUCUCCAGGACACUAUUAGACUAAGAUGUAUGAAGCCAGUGAGGAAUUUAUAAAUUGUUCUUUUUAAAAAAUUGCGCGGAGUGGUUUCUUAUAAGAAAUAUCACUAAUCUCCAUGCACCAUAAAACCUGCUGAACACAUCCUUCUGGCUCCUCACCACUGGUAAUCAGAAACCAAGCUUGUUCACACUCUCUGUAUCUCACAGUGGCAAAGGUAUUAUUGCUUGCUUUAAUUGUCCAUUUACAUCCAGCAAAGACCUUAUAUUGAUGACUGGAAAUCUGACCACACAGCAAAGCAAGUUGCCAACAUCCAGACCUGCCACUCUGUAGUUUGACCAUGGAACUGUUUUCUUCUGCCUGCUCAAUGUGGAGUUUGAAUAAGUGGCUAGUUACUAACUUGCUAUGCCACUCAGCCUUGGGGGAUUAGAACAUCAUUAUGCCCUCAUGCCUUCCAGUUACACAAACCUCAACCCAAUCAUAGUCUGCCAUUGUGCACAGUCAUGACAUUUCCUCUUCCAUUAAUUCACAGUCAAAAGGUAUAAUAGCCAUGUCCGGCUGUUCUGAGCUGCCAUGGUUUCAUUUAAAGCUCCCUAGUUUGGUGCUGCAUUGGGAUAUACUGUGUUCGUUGAAUCUCGUUAACUAUUGUGCAAAUAAAAUCAUUUUGUAAAGUUUACCGUGUAAUGUUUUGUACAAAUGUUGCAGAUGCAAUCUGUUUUAUUGGGCUGCUUCCUUUCCUGUUGUUUCUCUUGAUACUGAUUCUCUGGUUGGAGGUGGUUUGGUUGUGGAUCCUGCCUGUUCUGUUAUGUGCCCAAGUGUGUGAAAUGUUCCAAAUCUUAUUUGGGGGAGGGAAACUUCUUUUUUUAAAAUAAAAUUACAAAUGGAAA